AUGAGCACGGGUGGGGUAUCUAUCACCGGUCCUAUGUUGGCAAAGGCUGCAGGUGCUAAGACAAUUAUCCCACCUUCUUCCGAUGAGAAGCUCCAGCAUAUGAAGGCCGAGUACGACGUUGACUACACCAUCAACUACAAGAAGACCCCUAACUGGGCUGCCGAGGCUCAAAAUACCACUGGUGGACUGGGCGUCGACUUCAUUUUGGGAAAUGGUGGUUCGGGAACUAUCAAGCAAUCCUUUGACGCCAUUGCUUAUGGUGGUGUGACCUCAGUGAUCGGAUUCCUCUCUGCUGCUAAGCAAGAGGAGAUGUCUGAUGUUGCUGGUCUUUCUUUAGCCAAGGGAGCUGUCGUUUGUGGUAUUAUGGUUGGCUCAAAGCAGCAAAUGGAGGAUGUGACUCGGUCCAUUGGUACACACUUUCUGUUGGAGUCGAGAAGACUUUCAAGUUCGAUCGUGAUAAGGUGA